AUGGUUGCCAUGGCGUUGAUCACGCUGCAGUGUUUGCGCCGGUUCUACGAAACCUGGUUCGUGCAGGUGUUCUCGAGCAAGCUGAAAAUCACCCACCAGUGGUACGUGGAAAAGUUUCACAACUAUCCUAAGCAAAGGAAAGCACUCGUCCUGUUCGUUCUCUCGCAUAUCUGUCAAGUCAGAAACGUAAACAAACACGGACAACCGCACGUAAAGAUUGUGUGCAGAAUAAUCGUAAAAUUUUAUGUGAAAACUCGGGAAAAGGAAAAACAUCAUUUCAUCCCGAAAUUUGGCAACAUUCGUCCGAGUAUGAUCGAGCAGCUGUGUGUGUGUGUGUAUGCCGACGAAAUACGACGCCGGUUCUACAACAAUCACUAAAGCCGGCUGUGAUCGUGAUCGGCACAUUCUCAACUGGACCAACACACCGGUCGUUGUGUAUCUUCAAGCAAACCAACGUUGCCAUACACCACAAAAUAGCAUGGAAAGGAAAGUAUUAUAAAAUAAUGUCAUAUUUGAAAGCAUUCUAAUCUUUCAUUGUUAUUUUUCCACUGCAAACAGGACAUUGGAUCACCGCAUCGACAAGUGGUUUUUAUGUGCAAGUGUUGUUAAAAAGUGUGUUGUACGGUGUAUUAUGUGUUUUACUUUAUUUGUAUCGCUUUGCAAGUGGUACAAUUAGUGCGUUUAAUCGUUGUGCUACUGCUAACGAAAAAACGACCCGAGCAUUAGAAGCGGCAACAAUACAUGUGCCUGACGCAGAGACAACAACGCCUUCGGCAUCAGUUGAUACCAUCCAAAGUGAUGGUUGAAAUCGUAUAUAAACGUGUAAAACCAUAUAUUGGGGCAUGUAAGUAUUGAAUAAUAGUUAAAUAAAAUACAUUUUAUCGUUGUACUGGACAAUGUGCAUCGAAAUUUUAAAAAAGUGUGUGUGUUUUUGUUUACAUCCGAAUACAGAACCCACAGCGUUAUACUGUGGUUCGAGCACUCGCUAAGUAACGCUUGAGCUUUGAGCUUUCAUUGAGC